AUGGAAUUUCCAGGAGCCGGCCAUCUCCCAUCAGCGGUGGAGCUGGCGAAGCUCCUCGUUGACCGCGACCACCGUCUGUCAGUAACCGUCGUUAUCAUCCCUUCAUUAUACGGCGACAACACCUCUUCUUCCUACAUCUCCGCCGCGUCUGAUGACCGUCUCCGGUAUGACGUCAUCUCCGUCGACGACCAGCCAACCUCCGUUCCCAUGUACAAUUUGUUCACCUUCAUCGAGAACCAGAAGCCAAAGGUGAAAGCUGCGUUGGCCAAACUCGCUGGCCCGACUCGGCCCGGUUCGGGGCCUCGACUCGCCGGCGUCGUCAUGGACAUGUUCUGUAUGCCGAUGAUCGACGUCGCGAACGAACUCUGCGUCCCGAGUUACGUCUUCUACACCUCGAACGCUGGGGUUCUCGGGCUGUGCUUCCACGUUCAGCGUCUCUACGACGAGAGCGAAUACGACGUCGAUGAGUUCAGAGACUCGGAUACCGAGUUGGACGUGCCGAGUCUAACUCGUCCUUUCCCGGCUAAGUGUUUCCCUUCGGCGAUGUUAAACGAUCGCUAUCUCCCGCUUAUGUUGGGACAAAUCAGAAGAUUCCGAGAAACGAAGGGUAUUUUGGUAAAUACGUUUGAAGAGCUCGAGCCCCAAGCGCUGAGAUUCCUCGCCGGCGGCGAGACUCCUCCGGCAUAUGCUGUGGGACCACUCUUAGACCUAAAAUACGACAGCCUAGAAUCCGGCGGCGAGAAGAAAGCGGAGAUCCUACGGUGGCUCGAUUCGCAACCGCCCAGAUCUGUGGUGUUCCUCUGCUUCGGGAGCAUGGGAGGCUUCGGUGAGGAUCAAGCCAGAGAAAUAGCCGUCGCGCUCGAGCGAAGCGGCCACCGAUACCUCUGGUCCCUCCGCCGCGCGCCGCCGAAGGGGACGAUGGGACCUACCGGAGAUUUCACGAACCUCGACGAGAUUCUGCCGGAGGGAUUCCUGGAUCGGACGUCGGCGAUCGGGAAGAUAAUCGGAUGGGCUCCACAGACGGAGGUGCUAGCGAAUCCGGCGAUCGGAGGGUUCGUAUCGCACUGCGGAUGGAACUCGAUACUCGAGAGCCUCUGGUUCGGCGUCCCGACCGCGACGUGGCCGCUCUACGCGGAGCAACAGUUCAACGCGUUCGAGAUGGUGGAGGAACUGCGUUUGGCGGUGGAGAUCAGGAUGAGCUUCCGGGGAGAUUUCAUGGCAGCGGAGGCGGAUGUCAUGACGGCGGAGGAGAUCGAGAGAGGGAUCAGGUGUUUGAUGGCGCAGGAUAGUGACGUGAGGAGGAAGGUAAAGGAAGUUAGCGAUAGGUGCCACGUGGCGAUUAUGGACGGUGGAUCUUCGCACGCUGCACUUGGGAAGUUCAUUCGAGAUGCGGAGGAGAAUCUAUCUUAGA